AUGGACACGCAAACGAUUAUAAUCGUUAGCGCUUUCGGUGGCGCGUGGCUGCUGCUACUCGUAGUGGUGCUUGUGAUGUGCUCACAGCUGAGCAGCCUGCGCAGCAAGGUGGCCGAGAUGUCAACCGCGGGCCGUCUGAGAGUGCAAAAACUUAAAAUGAAUCCCGACAAGAACUACGCGUUCCACAACCCAACGCUAGUGCCUGACGAGGAACUGAGUAGACGUGGCUACUCCAUGUACGUGGGCGCUGAUGAUGACCUGGAAAGUGGGAGAGGCACGGAGCGGCAGACGGGCGGGCAGUUCGUAGAGGAACUGACACGCGAAUUAGAUUACAGACAGCAGAGGCAAGCGAACGCACCCCCCUUCUUACUGCAGAGCAUAGAAGAGAACAGAAAGAAGAACAGAGCCCUGAACAAUCUUGUUACAUCGACCAACCGCCAGAGCAUCACUAACCCUAACUUUAUUUACUAA